GGGAGCGGGACCGACUGGGCGCGAGCUCGCGGCCGCUUCUCCGGCGCCGAGCGAGGAGCGGGGAGCGGGGAGCGAGGCUGCGGUGACGAGCGGCGGCUGCGCGGCCAUGGGCGCGCCGGUGUCGCCCUAGGACAGGCGCGCGGAGACCGCAGCCAGGGCGGCGAGCCCUCCCGAGAGGCGGCGGCGGCGGCGGCGGCGGCGGCGGCCGGAGCAGCGGCCGGGAUGAGCGGGAGCGGCGCGGCGCCCGGCCCGGGCUCGGGCUCCUCCCCGGCCGCCUGCCGCUUCGCGCACUACUUCGUGCUGUGCGGGAUCGACGCCGACAGCGGGCUGGAGCCCGACGAGCUGGCGGUUUUGUACCAAUGGCUAGAAGCAGAUCGUCAUGGCAAGAGCCAAGAUGCUGCAAAUACGACUUCAGGUGAAAAUUUUGACCAGAGUCCUUUGAGAAGAACAUUCAAAUCUAAAGUGCUGGCACACUAUCCUGAGAAUAUAGAAUGGAACCCUUUUGAUCAAGAUGCAGUGAACAUGUUGUGCAUGCCUAAAGGGCUGUCUUUCAGAACUCAGACUGACAAUAAAGACCCUCAGUUUCACUCAUUUAUAAUUACCCGGGAAGAUGGCUCUCGUACCUAUGGUUUUGUUCUCACUUUUUAUGAAGAAGUUACAAGUAAGCAGAUCUGCACAGCAAUGCAGACGCUCUACCAGAUGCACAAUGCGGAGCAUUAUAGUAGCGUGUAUGCUUCAUCCUCCUGCAGCAUGGACUCUCUGGCAAGCAGUAUUGAUGAGGGAGAUACAACUUCCCUUUUGAAACUCCAGCGAUACAACUCCUAUGACAUCAGCAGAGACACCCUGUUUGUUUCAAAAAGUAUAUGUUUGAUCACACCACUGCCAUUCAUGCAGGCCUGCAAGAAAUUCCUUAUCCAGCUUUACAGGGCGGUUACCUCACAGCAGCCACCGCCCUUGCCGCUGGAGAGCUACAUCCAUAACAUUCUCUAUGAGGUACCCCUCCCACCUCCAGGGAGAUCACUGAAAUUUUAUGGUGUUUAUGAACCUGUCAUCUGCCAGAGACCUGGGCCCAAUGAACUCCCCCUCUCCGAUUAUCCUCUUCGAGAGGCCUUCGAGCUUCUGGGGUUGGAGAACCUGGUGCAGGUGUUUACCUGUGUUCUUUUAGAGAUGCAGAUACUUCUCUACUCGCAAGAUUAUCAGCGCUUGAUGACUGUGGCGGAAGGCAUCACCACACUUUUGUUCCCAUUUCAGUGGCAACAUGUUUAUGUACCCAUCCUCCCUGCUUCUCUACUACAUUUUCUUGAUGCUCCUGUCCCUUAUCUGAUGGGCCUUCAGUCAAAAGAAGGAACUGACCGUUCUAAACUAGAACUUCCUCAAGAGGCUAAUUUGUGUUUUGUGGACAUUGACAACCAUUUUAUUGAAUUGCCUGAAGAAUUUCCACAAUUCCCCAAUAAGGUGGAUUUUAUCCAGGAACUCUCUGAAGUGCUUCUUCAAUUUGGGAUCCCUCCUGAGGGCUGCCUACAUGGCAGUGAGAGUGCCACCAAACUGAAGAACCUGGUCCUGAAGGACUUGGUUAAUGACAAGAAGAAUGGCAACGUCUCCACUAACAACAUCAGCAUGUAUGAGUUGCUGAAGGGCAACGAAACCAUAGCCCGCCUCCAAGCUCUGGCCAAGCGGACCGGUGUGACCGUGGAAAAAAUGGACCUUUCUGCCUCAUUGAGUGAAAAAGAAAAGGAUUUAAAACUGCAGUGUGAAGAGGCAGAACUAAGGGACUACCAGCUCAACGUGCAGCUCCGCGAGGUCUUUGCUAACCGCUUUACACAGAUGUUCGCAGAUUAUGAAGCAUUUGUGAUUCAGACUGCCCAGGACAUGGAAUCCUGGCUGACCAACCGAGAACAGAUGCAGAACUUUGACAAAGCUUCCUUUCUGUCUGACCAGCCUGAACCUUACCUGCCAUUUCUUUCACGCUUCAUUGAAACACAGAUGUUUGCCACCUUCAUUGAUAAUAAAAUUAUGUCUCAGUGGGAAGAGAAAGAUUCUUUGCUUCGGGUCUUUGACUCUCGGAUUGAGAAAAUAAGACUGUAUAAUGUAAGGGCACCCACCUUGAGGACAUCUAUCUAUCAGAAAUGCAGCACUUUAAAAGAAGCAGGUGAACACUUUAGGCAGAGGCUAUCUGCUGUUGAUAUUGUGGCACCAGAACCUCAUGAUUUCUGUGCAGAAAGACAAGUUGAUACCCAAUCAAUUGAGCAGCGACUAAUGAAAAUGGAUCACACUGCAAUCCAUCCACAUCUGCUUGAUAUGAAAAUCGGUCAAGGCAAAUAUGAGCAAGGGUUCUUUCCAAAGUUACAGUCUGAUGUCUUGGCAACAGGACCAACUAAUAACAAUCGCUGGGUAAGUCGGAGUGCCACGGCGCAGCGCAGGAAAGACCGCCUUCGCCAACAUUCUGAGCACAUUGGAUUGGACAACGACCUGAGGGAGCCUUCCGGGGAACUUUUGGUCUGUCAGAACUCCAUGGCAUUCUGGGAGUGGGAUCAGGGUCCACCUCCUCCUGCACGACUUCCUAAAAAAUCCUUCUCUGAGUGCUGCCUGAAAUAUAUGCAAGAGGCACGAAGUUUAGGAAAAAACCUGAGGCAACCCAAAUUGUCAGACCUCUCGCCUGCAGUGAUUGCACAAACCAACUGCAAAUUUGUAGAAGGCUUAUUAAAAGAAUGUAGAAUGAAGACAAAACGCAUGUUGGUGGAGAAAAUGGGACAUGAAGCAGUGGAACUGGGCCAUGGAGAAGCAAACAUAACUGGCUUAGAAGAGAACACCUUAAUUGCCAGCCUCUGUGACCUACUGGAAAGAAUAUGGAGCCACGGCUUACAGAUCAAGCAGGGGAAAUCAGCUUUGUGGUCACAUUUAAUUCAGUUUCAGGACAGAGAAGAGAAGCAAGAGCACCUUGCAGAAUCGCCAGUUGCCCUUGGACCAGAAAGAAGAAAAUCUGACUCAGGAGUUAUGUUGCCAACACUCAGGGUCUCUCUUAUCCAAGACAUGAGGCAUAUUCAGAACAUGAGUGAGAUCAAGACUGACGUCGGACGAGCUCGAGCAUGGAUAAGACUAUCUCUAGAAAAGAAGCUCUUGUCACAGCAUCUCAAGCAGUUGCUCUCCAACCAGCUACUCACCAAGAAGCUUUAUAAGCGUUAUGCUUUUCUACGUUGUGAAGAAGAAAGAGAGCAGUUUCUUUACCAUCUUCUUUCCCUCAAUGCUGUUGACUACUUCUGCUUCACCAGUGUGUUCACCACUAUCAUGAUUCCAUAUAGGUCAGUGAUCAUCCCCAUCAAAAAACUGAGCAAUGCGAUCAUCACAUCGAACCCUUGGAUCUGUGUAUCAGGAGAGCUAGGAGACACAGGAGUAAUGCAGAUUCCCAAAAACCUCCUCGAAAUGACUUUUGAGUGCCAGAACUUGGGGAAGCUGACCACCGUUCAGAUUGGUCACGAUAACUCAGGACUGUUAGCCAAAUGGCUAGUGGAUUGUGUCAUGGUCAGAAAUGAGAUCACAGGACAUACAUACAGGUUCCCAUGUGGGCGGUGGCUGGGGAAAGGCGUUGAUGAUGGAAGCCUGGAGAGGAUCCUUAUUGGGGAACUAAUGACCUCAGUGGCAGAUGAGGACCUGGUAAAGCAGUGUCGGACUCCACCCCAGCAGAAAUCCCCCACCUCAGCUCGGAGACUGAGCAUCACUUCACUGACAGGAAAAACUACUAAACCCAAUGCUGGACAGAUCCAAGAAGGAAUUGGAGAAGCUGUGAACAAUAUUGUGAAACAUUUUCACAAACCUGAAAAAGAGAGAGGAAGCCUCACGGUGUUGCUGUGUGGAGAAAAUGGACUGGUUGUGGCACUUGAACAAGUCUUCCAUCAUGGGUUCAAAUCUGCCCGCAUCUUUCACAAGAAUGUCUUCAUCUGGGACUUCAUAGAGAAAGCGGUUGCUUAUUUUGAAACCACUGACCAGAUUCUAGACAAUGAAGAUGAUGUCCUUAUUCAGAAAUCAUCCUGCAAGACCUUCUGCCACUAUGUAAAUGCUAUUAAUACUGCACCCAGGAACAUUGGAAAGGACGGCAAAUUCCAGAUUUUAGUUUGCCUUGGAACACGGGAUCGCCUGCUCCCACAGUGGAUCCCACUCUUGGCUGAGUGUCCUGCCAUUACCCGAAUGUACGAGGAAAGUGCCCUCCUGCGAGACCGCAUGACUGUCAACUCUCUCAUCCGCAUUCUGCAGACCAUUCAGGACUUCACCAUAGUCUUGGAAGGAUCACUCAUCAAAGGAGUGGAUGUGUAACCCAAAUGACUAGAAACUCUCAGUCCAGACCCCUUGUUCCUGAACCUUCCCCAACUAUGGGGACUGAUUUGGACUUGUCUGACAAGGUAGUGAGUCACUGCAGGGGCAUCACGCAGUAUUCCCCAAUCUGAAUAAUCCUCACACUGCAGACAAGGCAAAAUGCUUUAUUGUAGUUCAUUUGAACCUGGAAUUUAGUAUAAAAUAGAGUAUUUUCAUGUGUUAGAUGUGUGUAAAUAUGCUAUCUUCUUUAAGAAAUUAUAUUACUCUAAUAAGAUACUUUUCUUAGAUUGAAUAUUCCUGUGAUUUAAAAUAAGUAGCUCAACCGCAUUGGGAGUUGGGGAGGGGAAGAGUGGUGCUAGCCAGGAAGAAGCCAGUAAACAUGUAAUUACAGUGCAACCCAGUUGGGCUUUUUUUUUUCCCUCCAGGUAUCACAAAGGAACCCAGAAUGCAUUGUUAUGUCAUCGCCAUCCAUCCUGGCGAGUCCAAUCCUUUGUAUUGUGAAUGUAAACAGCUUUACCUACUGUAUGUGAUAGUCCUCACUUCUAUUUUUAAGUUACACAUGGUUUCAUACAUUUGAAUUGAGUCAUUUUUCCAGUCUUUUGGAAAAAAUUUUCCGCCGGCACAAGAUAAUGAUACAAUUCAAAUAUUUUAAAUACUGGACCCCAGGAGCUUGGCUGAACUGGAAAGAGAACACAAAGCCCUGAGAAGUAUGUUAAAUUGUAGGAUUAUAACUUCUUUACACUUUGGAAAGAUUAGCCUAGACUAGCUUCAUUCUUGGCAUUUUUAUUCUUGUUAUGUGAGGUACUUUGAAGAGAUGUGAAUUUCAAAGUGUUGAUCUCCUAGUUAUAAGAACUGCAAUUGGCAGUUUGAUUCUGGACUGCUAAUUUGGCCAUCUAAACCCUGCAGCAGUUCCUUACCUCCAGGAUAAUCUCCAACCCUGUCUUUGUUAGGUUCCAGCAGCCCCCCUUCCUGAGCCCAUCCCCCUCUCAGGAAAUGGAAGGAAUGUCUAAGAAGGAGGAGGGCUCUGUGCAGCUUGGAAUGUUUUUGUGAAAGUAUUUGUUGACCAUGAUAAUGCAAAUAACUGGGAAAGAGAAAGAAUGAACCUUUCUGGGUGUUUCAGGGCAAGUUUUGUGUUCCUUUUUAAGAAGGGGUAAUAAUAUAAAACAACUGGCCCAGAGAAGGUAACAGCUAGGAAAGCAUAGAUGGCAAAAAUGGAAGCAGAACAAGAGGCAACAGUUUUGAAAGACCAAACAUUGUAACUUUCCAGCUUGGUAUUUUAUAAGGAAGUUAAAUAAAUGUGGUGUUAGCUCAUUACCUUAAGUCUUCAUUUAUGGCAGGUCCUGUAACUAAUUAGGCAUUCACACGUUGUUAGCAGUGAAAUUGCCUCAGCAGAGCUCUGGGUUUUAUUCCCAGUUGUGGCUGAGAAGCAAAGCCAUGGCCUCUCAGGACCUUUGUACAAACUUGAGGGUCCUGGGCUUUAGCCAGCAGUGUUGUUUCCCUUAUUUCCUCGAGGAAGAAGGUAAUGAAACAAGUGCCUCACUCCCUUUAUCAAACACUGUAUUCGGCCCGGGGUAACCAAGGCGCAUCCCCUUUUAAUAUGUAACUUAGUACUUGCAGAGCAGUGUGGGAGUUGAAGGCAGCCUUUAGAAACCCAUGGAAAGGGUUUAAGAAGAUGAUUCUGGGUGACCUGGGUAGACUGGAGAUUUGUUCUCCUGGGGCUAAAGGGUAUCUGCAUUGGUGUAGCUCUUCCAGGGACGUGGAAAGUCUGUCAUGGGAGGCAUCCAGACCUAUUUCCCACAGGGUUCUUGUGUUGCAGUCAUCAGAAACCAUAGAAUGAUCAGUGGAGAGUUUUAUUCUUACUACUUUUCUCAUAAGGCCGUAUUUCUGGCACACUCUGGGCAGCUGAGAGAUGACCUAGGUUAGCAUGCUAGCAUUGAGUCAUCAUUUUAUAGAUGGGUACACUUGAGGAUCAGAGAGGUUAAAUACUUAGCCCCACAGCUGAUCAGUGACAACGCAAGAGUCUAGAACUCAUGUCUUUUAUUACACCAAAGCUCAGAGGCAUUCAUGUUAAUAGUCUUUCUACCCCUGGAUCCACCCAAACAGCUAGUAAAUACGUGUUAAUAUUCAUUUAUAAUAGUCAUUUAUAAGAAUUAACAUUCAUUUUAACAGAUUGUUCUCAAGUGGUUGAGAAUUAUAGCUGUUAUAAAAACUGGGAGCAAAAUUGGAUUUGGGGCCUGUGAAUAAAAACAUUACAUUAAAAAGUAGUACCCCCAAAAAAGUUAUACCUAAAGCCUUAUCCCACUUUGUGUAGUAUGACCAUAACAGUGGAAAUGACCAAUUUCAAAAGAAAUAGUCACACCAGAAUUGACACAUCCUCUAGAAUGCUGGGCCCUUUAAAUUGGUCCCCUUGGAAGCCCAUAUACUUAUUCCAGUGAUACAGCCAGGGCUCCAAACAGGUGGGGACCUCCUUGUGAGCUGCUUGAAUGGCUUACAGCCCAUUCUUCUGAAUAUUGCCAGUUAUGGUAAAUCUCAGGCUUUCAGAAGAAAUUUCAUAUUUGGAAACAAAAAGUCCUUAGGAUCCAAGCUAAUGAAUAAAAAGGAUGCUUAUGCAGAGUUUGAGGUCACAAAAGAAACAACUCUGAAGAAAUAAGACUUUGUUCUUAUGUGGCUUAUCACUGUCUCUAAGCCAAUACCAGGAUAUUUUGAACAGGACGGUAGCAGAACCCUUAUCAGAAUAAGUGUAUAUAGCUGACUUUUGGAAGGACCGUACCCAGUUAGAGGUAUCCUUUUUGCUAUAUUAAUUUUUUGAAUUAGUAUAAUAAUGAAAUGAAAUAAUUGCCAAAAAUGUUACCUCUUGAAACAUCUGAUUUCGAAGUGUUUUCCAAAUGUCCCAAACCUCCUAAUGGGAAGCUUUCCGAAGGUGGCACACUGUUGUUGGUAUAUUAUGUGUGACACUGGAAAGCAGUGCCCUGGUUGGGGGCUCACGAGCACCUUAAAGAUGACCGAGGCUCAGUGUGGAGUGGCAUAAAGUGGGGUUCUGGUUGGCCUACAGGGAACAAAAGUUCGUCCUCUUUCCCACUGGGAUCAAGAAUUUGAUAUAAGAAACCUGAAAUGUGCAAAAGUUUGCAGUUGCCUCUAAAAUUUAUUUUAAAUCUCUCACACGUUUUUGAACCUUUGUGACUCUGUGGUAUUUACUUUAACCUGCGUUUUUAAAAAAUAAUUGUAAUGAACUGUCACACUACGUGAAUGAUACAGGGGAAAUACUGAAUUGCUUGUUUUUCCUUUUUUUGAAAUAAAGCACUGUGGUAUGUAAAUUUAAGUGAAAGAGGGGUAGAGACUAUACUUAACAGUUUAUGUGUAGUCUAUGUUGACACCUCUAAGAUAUUUUGAAACAUGAGGCCACAGACGAGGACCUCAGAUCCCCAGGGAAGUAUUUAUUUGACAGCAUUGAGAGUAUAGCGCUUAAUUGAAAUAUCUUCCUUCUGCUAAGAUUUAUGAUCUUUCAGUAGAUUUUCAUGUUGAGAAUUGUGAGUAUUUUCUCUGUGAGGUUUGCAGAAGCUAUCCUUUUCACUAUGUUGAAAGGACAAUCUGAACCUUAGCUAUUUAUAUUUCAGUAUUAACACACCUUCAUUGAGAAUGGUCUCGAGCUCCUCUCUACUUUUAUAAAAGUGAAUCCUGUUCCCAAAGUCAUCAGUUUCUUUUGAAGCCCCUCCCUGUUCCUUACAUAAGUGUUUGUUACACCACCAUUUAGCUUAUAAGGAGAUGGAAACAAAUAAUAAGCUUCUAGGUCCCUUAUUCCUAUUAAAACACAUUGAUAAAUCUCUUGGAUUUCCAAGCCUUUUUGAAGAGAGUGCUGAUGAUGUGAUCGGAGGAAUCCAAGAAACUCCUACUCCCAGAUCUUCCUUGAGCUGAUCAUCCUCUCAAGGACAGAGUAAAGCUUAGCUCCAGAAAUGUAUCACAUUGAGCAGUUGACACCAGAGUGAGAAAAUAUAUGUAUCAAAAAGAUUCUCCUCAUUUGAAGGAACCCAGGGCAUCCUUGGGUUAUGGUAGGAGAGAAUCUCACUUCAUCCAUUUUCCUGAAUGUAUAUGUAUGUGGCUCCGGUCUAAUCCAAACCAAAUCUUGUUGACAGUAGAGAGGUAUGGUAAGGAGUUCUGUUGUCAAUCAAAUGAGGGUGUUAAACAUAGAAAAAACUCUCUGUGUUACACUUGAACCCUGUAUAAAUGUACCCUGUGUAUCUUUUUAAAAAAUGAACAUUUCUGCAUUUAAAUUAUAUUGUGUUUCUUUGUAUUGUUAACAAUGCAUCAGAACUGGAUUUUUUUUUCCUCAUCUGAACAUAAUAUAAGAUUUAAAGAGUAUUGUGAUAUCAAGCACUUUAACAUACAUAUCAGAGAAACUGACGUGGGUUUUUCAGGUUUUGGAGUACAUUUAAAUAUGACUUUUCAUGCUUUGUUCUUUACAAAUAAAACU